GUGGUCUAGUCUCCGCCUCCUGCUCUAAUUGGAUGCACUUCAUAUAACGUGCUGAGCUCACUCACCUGUUUUCGUAUUUUAAUUGGCGUGUCUCCACCAGGCGAAUUCAAGGGAACAGAAAGACACCAGUCAACUUGUGGCGGUCGUCGUGUGUGGAGGGGCACACAUUUAGCGAGACCGGAACCACGACCACGACCAGGACCAGGUCCGAUGAGAGAAUGUCCGCUGGAUCGAGGAAGCAGGACGCGCCGUUUUGAGUGAGUGGAAAUGGACCACCGGUGACGUUUUGGAGGAAAGACACACAAGAUCUGGAAGCUUCUCAGUGACUAUUGAGACUUUUUGUCACGCAUUGGAAUUUGAUUGUCUUUCCCGGUUCGGUGCUGCGGUGUCUUUGGAACCAUGGGCUGCACGGUGAGUGCCGAGGACAAGGCGGCUGCUGAGAGGUCCAAAAUGAUCGACAAGAACCUCCGAGAAGAUGGAGAGAAGGCGGCCAGAGAAGUCAAACUGCUCCUAUUAGGUGCCGGGGAGUCUGGGAAGAGCACCAUCGUAAAGCAGAUGAAGAUCAUCCAUGAGGACGGCUACUCGGAAGACGAGUGUAAGCAGUACCGCGCUGUGGUUUACAGUAACACCAUCCAGUCGAUCAUGGCCAUCGUCAAAGCCAUGGUCAGCCUCAAGAUAGACUACAGCAACACUGGCAGAGUGGAUGACGCCCAGCAGCUCUUUGCUUUGUCUGCCACGGCUGAGGAGCAGGGUCUCCUCCCUGAUGACCUGGCCAACGUGAUCAGGCGACUGUGGGCUGACGGCGGCAUACAGAGCUGCUUUGCACGCUCGCGGGAAUACCAGCUCAAUGAUUCGGCGGCCUACUACCUGAACGAUCUGGAGAGGAUAGCCAAAGCAGAUUACAUCCCCACCCAGCAGGAUGUUCUGCGAACUCGGGUCAAGACCACCGGCAUCGUGGAGACUCACUUCACAUUCAAGGAGCUGCACUUCAAGAUGUUUGAUGUUGGAGGCCAGCGUUCAGAGAGGAAGAAGUGGAUCCACUGUUUCGAGGGAGUCACCGCCAUUAUCUUCUGCGUUGCGCUGAGUGCAUACGACCUGGUGCUGGCGGAGGAUGAGGAGAUGAAUCGCAUGCACGAAAGCAUGAAGCUGUUCGACUCCAUCUGCAACAACAAGUGGUUCACAGAGACCUCCAUCAUCCUCUUCCUCAACAAGAAGGACCUCUUUGAGGAGAAGAUCACGCGCAGCCCCGUCACCAUCUGCUUCCCAGAAUACUCAGGGGCCAACAAGUUUGACGAAGCGGCCAGCUACAUUCAGACCAAGUUCGAGGACCUGAACAAGAAGAAGGACACCAAGGAGAUCUACACGCAUUUCACCUGUGCCACCGACACAAAGAACGUGCAGUUUGUCUUUGACGCCGUCACCGACGUCAUCAUCAAAAACAACCUGAAAGACUGCGGCCUCUUCUGAAGGACGCUGCAUGAGAGACGCCGGCGAGCGUGUGACGAUGAACUGCUCCUCAUAUUGGAAAAAUUGGAGAUUCCUGGAAGGGCAAACGAACACAAGCAUCGCAUCUUUUGUCUCGCAUACUUUGUCCCACUUUUACUAUUUAUACUCCCCCUUGAAAUGAAUAUUUAACCCUCAUUUUGUGACAACUUUUAGCCGACACUCACGUCGAGUUCUACCACUUUUUUCUUUUUUUUUUUUUAAUUCCAAGAGAAUGUGACACCACUUUUGUACAACAUUUACGGCCAAUAAUCAUCAAUGUUGUCCUGCAUGACAUUCUAUCAAUUAGCUUGACACCCCCCCCCCCCCCCCCCCCAAAAAAAGGAAAAAUCCUGUUUACUGGAAAACCAAUGUGUGAGCUUUGAAAUGAUGUCUGUCGCUAACCUGGAUUGUGUUUGUGUUUGUUGUCAUCAUCUCACAGUGGAAUUAUUUCUGUUUGUGCCUUGCUGCUGUAUGUUUACACGUGCUCCCUCUCCCUCCGUGGUGUCAACUAUUCUGUAGGGCUAAUUUCUACUGCGCACCUUCAGAAGCAAACACGCAUCCAAGCACAGAGACUCUACAUCACACCACUUCGUUUGUUCCGUGUACAGAAUAAAGGUUGGGUCAUGUCAGCGUUUGUAUUUCUACUGUCCUUUUGUCAAAAUGUUGUUUUCUCAUAUUUUAACCAAUUUUAUUUGCCUUAGCGCACUUUAGCACCAUUUUUAUGUGCAAUAUACUGUACAAUGUGGCGUCUUUAUUUUCUAAUUCAAAUUUGUGUAUUUGUUGUUUUUUUUUUAUAAAGUCCAUAUCA